AUGUCUGAGGACGACAUCGACAUGCUCGGCCCCGACGGGCAGGGAUCUUCCAGAGUUGACCGUGACCGCCGCGCGCCGAGGUUCAGUUGGACGCCUGCAUACGAGACAACAUUCUUUCGCAGCCUUUGCGACAGCGUUCAGUUGGGUUUGCGCGAGAAUAGCAGCUUCAAGGCCGAAGCGUGGGAGCGCGCGGCUCAAGCGCUGAAGAAGCUGCAUGGCGCGCAUCCAGCCAAGAGCCAUCUAAUCAACAAGAGCGACAAUGCGCGGAAAAAAUUUCGGUUAUGGCGCGGGCUGCGCGAAGAUCCCAAGUUCAUUUAUGAUCCCGUCGCCAGGACGGUUACAGCUACUGAGGAGGCUUGGAAGACUCACGUAGAGAAAGAACCACUCUCAAAGGCACUGAGAGGUCGGCCGUUUGAACAUGAGGAGUUUAUGGAGAUAUUGUAUCCGGAUGUUAUCGGAUCUGGCGGUGCGCCGAAGAGAAUCAUGAAGCCUCGGCGGCGGACCGAUGGACAACCCGGCGACGAUUCAGACAUGCCGGGAACAGGCGUUUUGAAUCUUCAGUCAGAAAAUUCGUCCGGGCAAAACUUGCUGGAGAGUCCAGGUCCGGCUCGCUCGUCUUUGAGUCAAACCCCCACAGGUUCAGCUGCUGGGUCGGCGGCGCAGUCAAAACCCAAUUCCGCCACGAUUCCCCCAAGAACUACACCAACACAGCCGUCCGCCUUGACUCCUCCAGAUGAGUCGGCGAGUCACACUAAGAAACGAGUCUUGCCUGCUUCUGAAGCCGAAGGGGCAUUUGGCACAACGCCGCCGCCUUCCACCGCAAAGUCCGGCAAUGUUCCACUAGAUGCGUCGUCGCCGGAGAAGAGACAACGGACUUCGAUCCAUGGCGACUCCGUCCCUAUUGCUACCUCCUCUUUGAGCAACACUCUCCGUCCUCUAUCGGCUUCAGACUCGCCAAGCGGUGCACAACUCCCGCCGCCGGUUACGCUGACGACUCCGCGAACAUCGGCCACAGACUCUCGCCCAGAUGAUAUAUCGAGAUGCUCCAGCAGCUCGAAGUGGUGCGAGCAGGCUUUGGAUCAGUUCUUCAAAGAUUUUGCAGAUGAAGAUAUGGACCUUCAAAUACGGAUCGCCGAACAUGUCUUGGUAAACGAAAGCAAAGCACUGCUCUUCCAUCCAUACACAAACAUGUCUUACGCCGACGUAGCUGCCAGCGGACCCAAGCAGUCCCCCGAGGACGCUGCUGCCCCUCAACCCCCCGAGGUUGUCACCAAUGAGUCUGCCUCCACAGCCUCCCUCAUCGACGUCGAUGUCCCGAGUGUGCGCACAGUGCCCUCCGACUUCAACGACCAGGAGAUCCAGACAGAAACCCAGGCUGAGCGAUUAGAACGCGAUGCCGAAGCUGCCAAGGCCAAGGCAGACCGGGCCAAGAAGAACGCUGGCAGAAAGGUCCGCGACGCCGACUCGUGGCUCGUCAAGCAGUUCUCGAGCUUGUCUGAUGGCAGCGCCGGAGCACUGGCGAUCACGAAUCUCGCUGCUAUCAUUGGUGUGAGUUCUUACCUGGGCUAUCGUGCUUGGGGACUGUAUGAGAAGGGUAAUUUGACCUGGAAGAAUGCUGGUGUUGGAUUUGGAAUCCUGGCUGGAGUUGGCGCCGUUGAGGCUGUUUUUGGGAGAUAUCUAUACAAGGGGAAGAAGAACAACUAA